AUGAUGCAUGGCAAUGAGUUUGUUCAUGGAGAUUUGAAACCAAACAAUAUCCUGAUCAAGUCAUACCCACCAAACAUGUGGUGGGUCAAACUCUCGGACUUUGGGUUAAGUAAGCGUGUCGAAGAAGCAUCGGGAGCUUCUACUCUAAAGGGUACACCUGGGUAUAUAGCUCCAGAGCUCUAUAAGUUCACCGAGCGGGGGACUGCUUAUGCUCCUGACAUUUGGGCUGUUGGUGCGAUGCUGUUUUUCAUGCUUCUCAAAAGACCUGCCUUCGAGGUCUUGGGGCAUCUUUUCGAAUAUGCGACAAGAACCGAGGAUUUUCCAACUCAGUUGCUUGCUGAGGUUGGCACAACUGAUCUCAGCAUUGAAUUUAUAUCCUCGCUGAUGCGUGCGAGACCGAAGGACAGGCCCUCGGCUGAUAUGGCAAUAUUGCAUGAAUGCCUCAGACCGAUGUACGAUCAUCUUUCGAGCUCGCAGAUGCCCGGCUUUACACAGCCAAGCCCUCAGUCGCCAAUUGAACAAAUGGCUGAAGAUUUUGAGUCGGAAUUUGGGUCGUGGGAUACAGGACCUUUGCUUACGCUGGGUGACUCCCUUCAUCAAAAACCCAAUGAUCAGCCGAGUGCUCUAACUACGGAAAGCUGGGAUGUUGCAGUGCACCGUCAGACAAUUAGUGGUUGCGGCGGCGUGGUCCGACCGAUGAACAAAUUUAUUCACCGAGGCUUCGCAGGGAAAAUUUCAUUUUCAGCCGACAGCAGAGUUUUUGCUAUGGCCGGGAACAAGGGGAUUAUCAGACUCUGGAAUACCUCAUCAUAUUCCCAGCUACCUGGGUUAAAGGGGAAACUGUGUAUUGCCUUCUCGCCGGACGGAAAAUUGAUCGCAACAUGUGGAAUUUUUACCUACAUACAGCUGUGGGAUGCCGUCACCUUCACAGAGGUCGGGCAUACCAACCUCUCCGAUUACCCUCAUACUGUCGUGUUCUCUCCAGACAGCAGGAUGAUCGCCUAUGCGAUCAAUCACAAAGUAGUUGUGCAAGAGGUCUCCGGGGGAUCGAAACGUCGCAUAGCCAAUUGCAACUUUGGUUUUCGAGAUAAAGACUCACCAAGCUAUCUCAGCUUCUCUCCUGAUUCAAAGUCUGUCUGGUUUGCGUGUUUGUACAAAUACCAGAUGCUAGAUAUUGACCAGGAUCUCACCAGCCGUACUUUCAGGCUACCUGUUCUGGGCAAAACCAUAGGUCUGUCCACCGACGGGAAAUAUUUGGCAUAUCUAGAUAAUGCGAAAAAAGCGCAUAUCUGUAUACUGGAACUUUCUACGAAAGAUGUUGUGCUGAAGAUCGAGACCGGCACACAGAACCCCACGGGCUUGGCCUUCUCCCCUAACAGCAAACUACUUGCAGUAUCUCUCAGUCACUCUUUUUCACUUGGCAAUCUCAGUUUGUGGGACAUUGAAACAGCAAAGAAACUCUCAGAGAUUGUACCCAAUGAUCGGAUCCGAUCAUUGGCCUUCUCGCCUGAUGGUACUAUGCUCGCAUCGACGAAUAGUAAUGGCUCUACUACGCUUUGGGGUGCUGAUACAAGAAACUAG